AUGACUGGGCAGGACAGGACUGGGCAGGAGAAGUCUGGGCAGCAGAGGACUAUGCAGAUGAGGCCGGGGCAGGAGAGAGCAGGAGAUGACUGGGAUGGAAGGGCUGUGCAGGGGAGGGAUGGGCAGGAGAGGGAUGGGCCGAAGAGGGAUGGGCAGGAGAGGACUGGGCAGGAGAGGACUGGCCAGGAGAGGACUGGGCAGGAGAGGGCUUCGCUGCAGAAGACUGGGCAGGAGAAUCCUGGCAGGAGGGACUGGGCAGGAGAGGGCUGGGCAGGAGAGGACUGGGCAGGAGAGGACUGGGCAGGAGAGGACUGGGCAGGAGAGGGAUGGGCAGGAGAAGACUGGGCAGGAGAGGACUGGGCAGCAGAAAACUCGGCAGCUGAGGACUGGGCAGGAGUGGACUGUUCAGGAGAGGGCUGGGCAGGAGAGGCCUGGGCAGGAAAGGACUGGCCAGGAGAGGACAGGCCAGGAGAGCAAUGGGCAGGAGAGGACUGGGGAAUAUAG